AUGCAGACAAUAAAGUGUGUUGUCGAAGGUGAUGGUACCGGUAAAACAUGUCUCCUGAUAUCCUAUAUAAAAAACAAAUUUCCAUCUGAAUAUGUACGAACCGUUUUCGACAACUAUGCAGUCACAGUUAUGAUUGGUGGAGAGCCAUAUGCUCUCGGACUUUUUGAUACUGCAGGGCAAGAGGAUUAUGACAGAUUACGGCCGCUGAGUUACCCACAAACAGAUGUAUCUCUAGUCUGUUUUUCAGUGGUCUCUCCAUCCUCAUCUGAAAAUGUGAAAGAAAAGUGGGUACCUGAGAUAACACACCACUGUCCAAAGACUCCUUUCUUGCUUGUUGGAACCCAAGUUGAUCUCAGAGAUGACCCCUCUACUAUUGAGAAACUUGCCAAGAACAAACAGAAGCCUAUCACCUCAGAGACUGCCGAAAAGCUGGCCCGUGACCUGAAGUCUGUCAAAUAUGUGGAGUGUUCUGCACUCACACAGAAAGGCCUAAAGAAUGUGUUUGACGAAGCAGUAUUGGCUGCCCUGGAGCCCCCAGAACCAAAGAAGAGCCGCAGGUGUGUGCUGCUGUGAACAUCUCUCAGAGCCUUUCUGCACAGCUGGUGUCGGCAUCACACAAAAAGCAAUGUUUAAAUCAAACUAAAGAUUAAAAAUUAAAAUUAAUUUU